UUGUCAUUUAGCGAAACGAUCGUUUAGUGACCAAUCUUGAUCGUUUUUUCUGACAUUUCCUCUUGUUUUGUGCGAUUUUAUACCACAAUUAAGAGGAAAAUUAGUGCCAAAGUGAAGUUAAGCGUUUGUUUGUAAAUAGGAUAAUUAAUUAAGUUCCUGGAGCAGAACAAUGGCAAAACAGGCCCCGAAUCCAGCGAAGGCACAGCUAAGGGAUGAAGUAGCGGACAGGAUUGCAAAACUCACAACGGAAGAAAAAAAACGACAGUCUGAAAUUGUAUACAAUAAGAUAAUCAACCAUCCUUGGUACAAAUCAGCAAACCGCAUCUCUCUCUUCAUGAGCACAGACAGUGAGAUCAACACUGCCCCCAUCAUCGCCCACGUAAAAGCUAAGGGAGCCAUAGCCUUCGUCCCCCAGUACGUUGGGGGCAAGAUGAGGAUGUUACGCCUGGAGCCUGAUGAUGAUGAGAACACCAUGUUUAUUACGAAGCACGGGAUUGCGCAGCACGCGAAGACGCAGGUUCGGGAAGAUGCUCUUGAGACAGGAGGCCUUGACCUGAUCAUAGCACCUGGGGCUGCGUUCUCCAAAGCCGGUGACAGAUGCGGCCACGGCGGCGGCUACUACGAUAGGUUCAUCUCUGGCCUGAGGAGUAACCCCGAAACUGCGCCGAAGGUGAUGGCCGUAGCAUUCAACUGUCAAGUGGUAGAUCAUGUGCCUACAAACGAAUUGGAUCAGAAAGUCGACGAAGUUAUAUUUGCUGAGUGAUAUUUUAUAUCCUGUUUUAUGUGCUCGAAAGACUUGUAUUUUCACUUGUUAAACUAUAUUUUGCACUUAAGGUUAAUUACGUAAAUUGGGGUGUAAUUUGUAAGUAGUCAAAUUGAUAUACAAACUACGUAAUUUUAAUUCUA